CUGAGAACAAUAGCACUCUUUAGGAGACCAAACCCUCCAAAAAAUGCUCACAAGGACUUACAACUCCCGUAACCUUUUUCUUUUUCUUGUAGUCGUGGAUGCCAUAAGACACGCAGUACUCACCCACCUUUCCUUUGCCUUCUUCCAAUUGAAUUAUGGCCGUCGGAAAACGCAAAUCAAGAGCUCCCCAGCUCCCUAAAAGCCUUCUAGAUGAGUUAAAUGUUGAUGUCUCAAGCGCAAAUUCGCGGUCAAAAAAGCAAAGAACCGGUUCUAAGGACCGCUUUCAAGGAAGAAAAAAUAGAACGACUGGAUACUUUAAACGCGAACAUAGUCAAAAUGUUGAAGACGAAGAAAGUGAAAUGGUUUUAGAGAAGAAACCUUCAAAAAGCCAUUCUAAAGGAAAAUCGUCUAAAGAACAGAAAAAAGCACCUCUUCCACAUUCAGUACUUGCUGCGUUAGAAGACGAUGACAAGGAGAUUGCUUUUUGGGAGAAAAAACUUGGCGUGUCUGGUACGGCAAAAUCUUCCAAGGUUGAUCCAGAGUUUGGUUGGAUUCUUGAAGACCUCGGAGCCGAUGCUAGCGAUUCCUUAGACAUGCUAGAAGAAGAUAUGGAUGUUGGAGAUGAAGAGGACGUUGUUUCUCCAGAAUCAAGUGACGAAGGCUCUGAAGCUCUCACGUCCGAUUCUGAAUUUGAAGGAUUUUCAAACAAUGAAUCUGAAGAUGAAGUGGAUGAGAGUCAGUCCAAGACAAAAGAUGCAACCACGGGUGAAACCUCGCAGGUCACAAGCACUCGUAUUGAUCCGUUGAAGCCGGCUGUCCCUGCCGCACAAACGGCAAGCUAUGUGCCUCCUUUCUUGCGAAAGAAGGCCGAACAGGCCUCAAGUGAGUCAGAAGAGCAAAUUCGUUUACGAAGAAAAUUACAGGGUUUUCUGAACAGACUUUCUUCUACAAAUAUGGGAAGCAUCAUUGGCGAGAUUGAGGGUGUUUAUCGAGAAAACCCUCGUCAUCUCGUCACGGAUACGUUAACAAAACUUCUGCUCCAGACCAUCGCCUCUCGCGAGUCCAUGCUGGACCAAUUGGUUAUCGUCUAUGCCGCUCUUGGCACAGCUUUGUACCGCGUAAUCGGCAUCGAAUUUGGUGCUCACCUUCUCCAGUCGCUUGUUGAACGUUUCUUGAACCUGUACCGUGAAAACGGACAACGCGGUACGACAAGCAAUAAGGGUGCCUCUAAUUUGAGUGUACUCAUUGUGGAACUUUACAACUUUCAACUUAUAUCUUGCGUACUCAUUUAUGAUCUUGUUCGCUUGUUCUUAAAGGAGUUGAACGACAACGACGUUGAACUUCUGCUCAAAAUUUUGAGAAAUUGUGGACAUCAACUGCGCAGUGAUGAUCCGCACGCGUUGCAGGACAUCAUUAAUGAAGUGCAAAAUGUGGUUUCUAAGAAAGACCCUGCAACUGUUUCGGUGCGCACGAAAUUCAUGGUAGAAACCAUCAUCAACAUUAAAUCAAACAAAGCCAAGGUGUCUGCUGAAAAUGCACGACUAAACAACGAGUCUGUCAAUCAACUGAAAAAGUUCUUGUCGUCGCUUAACAACCGUAGCCUUCGUGCGACAGAACCUCUUCGAGUGAGUCUUGACGACAUUGAAAACGUUGAAACCAAAGGAAAAUGGUGGCUCGUUGGUGCAUCAUGGAAGACCAUUGACAACACGAAGGAGACACAACUCGCUGUGGAAAGUUACCGGGAGAAGGUCCGCAAGGAGGAGGCGAUUGCUCAGUCAAAGCUUCUCCAGAAAGCUCGUAAGCUUCGUCUGAACACAGACGUCCGCAGAAACAUUUUUAUUGCAUUGAUGGGAGCGGAGGACUACAUGGAUGCGUGGGACCGCAUUGAAAAGCUGAACCUAAAGAAUGCCCAGCAACCAGAGAUUGCUUACGUGCUUAUGCACUGUGUUGGGAGUGAAUCUUCUUAUAACCCUUUCUACAGUUUAGUAGCCUUGCGUUUCUGUUUGCGCCGUCACAACUUAAAAAAGUCGUUCCAGUUUGCGUUGUGGGAUUUCUUCAACGAAUUACAGUCUGACGAAGAGAACGAUACGCCGUCGUUAAAGCGGGUUGUCAAUCUUGCCCGCUUUUUCGCCGCACUUACUCUCGAGCAAGGCCAACCAUUGACAAUUCUGAAAAAGGUCGACUUCAUGGUUGCCGGCUCUGAAAUGCGAACAUUCCUCAUUGUUUAUCUCAACGACAUCCUUGUUAACACCAAGUCUGAUAUUGAUCUUAUUAAGCUACUGGAGGUUCUUACUAACGAAAAGGCACUUGCAAGCAAGCUCGAAUGGUUCUUGAAGAAGCAUGUACGGCAUAACCCUCUUGUAAGCUCAAAGGACAAGAAAAAAUUGGAAGCAAAUUUGGCCAUGGCCAGAGCUGCGCUACAAAGCAUGGCACAGGACAGCUAAGCAGUGCAUGAACUUUCUUAUGUACUAAAAUUUUUGGGGUAUUGGGUAUGUACAGUAUGUACGAGAAAAUAUAAUCAUAACCGUUAUAUAUAUUUAUGCUACGAAGGAGACGAAAGGUGAGGAACAAAGGGG